UGAACUCCAAGAAGGAGAACUACAGGAAGCAGACGAUAUGGCAUCUUUGAGAGCGUCCAAGUGGAACUAGCUUUGUUUAUACGACUGGAGCUUUGCAUAAGGACACUUUCAGUGAAAGCCAAAGUCCAAGCAGAUGCUGGACAUGAUUUAUCUAAUUUUGAUUUCCGCGUUAUCUGGAGUAGUGUUUACGUUGAUAUUACAAUUCUCGUUGCUAUACCGGAGGAGCCCCGAGCCCACAGAGCGGACAGUGCAGUAUGUCAACGUAGUGCCUGACAACGCAUUAAAGGAUUACUUUAAUACUCAGCAUGUCGAGCCAGGCCUGCAGCAGCAGGACAGCACAGCAUCCGCUGGAUCAAAACAACAGGAGGCCGCCUCCAGGCUGCAGGAAGCGGCUGCCAGCGGCGGCAGCGAGUCAAGCGACGACACCAAGCCCGAGACGUGCAAUUUCCUGAAUGCUAUCUUUUUGUUUCUGUUCAGAGAGCUGAGAGACACCCCCGUCGUGAGGCACUGGCUCACAAAAAAGAUCAAGGUGGAGUUCGAGGAGCUGCUGCAGACCAAGACAGCGGGUCGGCUGCUCGAGGGACUGAGCCUCAGGGAUAUCUCCCUCGGAAAUUCUUUGCCGGUCUUUAAAACGGCCAAACUCAUGAAACCAGUGCAUUUAAACGAGGACGGCAUGCCAGAAGAACUCAACUUCGAGGUUGACAUCGAAUACAAUGGCGGCUUUCACCUCGCCAUCGACGUCGAGCUGGUGUUUGGGAAGUCAGCCUACCUAUUCGUGAAGAUGAGGCGCGUGGUGGGCAGGCUGAGGCUGCAGUUCACCCGCAUGCCGUUCUCCCAUUGGUCGUUCUCUUUCCUGGAGGACCCGCUGGUGGACUUCGAGGUGAAGUCACAGUUUGAAGGACGACCUCUGCCUCAACUUACGUCCAUCAUAGUCAAUCAGCUGAAACGCGUUAUCAAAAAGAAGCAUACUUUACCUAACUACAAAAUCAGAUACAAACCCUUUUUCCCAUUCCAAGUACAGCCUCAGUUGAGCUUUGUUAGUGACUUGGACCUGUCAGUCCAGGACAGCAGACUGGUGGAGGGACGGCUUAGAGUUACCCUCAAUGAAUGCAGCAGACUGUUUAUUCUGGGCUCGUAUGAUAGAGAAACUCAUGUUCAUUGCACCCUGGAGCUGAGCAGCCAACAGUGGAAGGAGAAGGCUCGCAGCUCCAUCAGAAAGACAGAGGUCAUCAAGGGGCCAUGUGGUAGCGUGGGAAUGACAUUCAGACAUGUUGCUGCUAGUGAAGGAGAUGCAGUCCAAAUCAGCAUUGAGACAGUCACACCCAAUUCCCCUGCAGCUUUGGCAGACCUGCAGAGGGGUGAUCGCCUCAUCGCUAUUGGAGGUGUUAAAGUAACAUCCUCAGUUAGUGUGCCCAAAUUGCUGAAGCAGUGUGGAGACAGGGUGGUGGUUGUUUAUGAGAGACCGGUUCGUCACCAGACUCCCUCUUUGGGAAGCCUAGGAACUCUUCAGGAAGGUUUUGGACAGCUAGAGGAAGCCGGUUUAGUGCACCAGCCAGCGGGCUAUGAGGAAGACCCAGCUCCUAUCACCACACUAUCGGACAUAUCUGACGGCAAAGACAUGGACUCUGAGUUUGAAGAGUUGAUUGUAGAUUCUAAACCUAGCCAGAUAUGUGGCACUAACAACAGUAACACAAAUGCCAUUGAUACUAAGGAAGACUUCUUACUUGGAGUAAACCAAAGCCCCAAAAGGACUGUGGUCAACUUGGCUUCUAAGCCCCUUGGUACUAUAUCACCCAUUCUAAACCGCAAGUUAAACCUGGUGGGUCUCCAGUCACCACUGAAACCUCAGCCCAAAGAAUCACCAAAGCCCUCACCACAUAAGACUAUUAUUUCUUCGGGGGAUGGACUUCAGCGCCCUGCAGUACCUUGCCCACCUGCUCCUUCUCGACCCCCAGUCCCACCAAGACCCUAUAUAAGGUUAACAUCAGCCUCCUCAGAAACGAGUCUUUUAGAAAGUGUUGAUUCUCUUGCAUGUUCUAAUGUUGCUGUUUCUUCAGUAAUGAGUACCACUAUCAGCACAAUAGAUAAAAGUUCAGAAAAACUCUCUAUUACUUGUGUCACUGAGGACAAAGCUGGUCCUGAGAGAAUAUGUGUCAAGCAGGCUGAGAUAAAGCAGUCCUCCAGGCCGACAGAGUCUAUUGAUGAGGUAUGUGGUGUUCCUACCACUGUUUCUUUGAGCAACAAGGCUGAUCAAGCAAAGGACAAAGCUUCUGAGAGCUCCUGCAGCACACGGGACAGUCUGGAGGACCAUUGCCUUUGGGAAUCUACAGAAACAUUGUUUCGUAACCAGGCAGCACAAUGGAACAAGGCUUCCGUGGUGUUUGAGGUGGAGAGCAACCAUAAGUUUCUUAAUGUGGCUUUGUGGUGCAAAGAUCCCUUUAAGUUGGGUAGUUUGUUAUGUCUUGGUCAUGUGAGCAUCCAGCUGGAGCAUAUUUCACUAGAAUGUAUGGCCACAUCAUCGUCAGAGUACCAGAGUACUUUUAGGUUGUGUCCUCCAGAGCCCAGAGCUAAUGUAAGUCGCACUGCGUUACGGAGCCUCAGCGCCCACAAGGGGUUCAAUGAGAAGCUGUGUUAUGGAGAUGUUACUCUAAACUUCUGCUAUUUAGCUGAUGGUGAGUUUGAGUUUCCAGGGGGGCUGGGAGAAAAGGAGAGAGAGGCGAGUCUCCAUGAUGAGGACACAAAAGAGAGGGAGCCUAUCGCUACAAUGCAGCGUGAUGACUUAGCCUUUGGCACAAUACCGUGCCAGGAAGUUCGGCACAAUUUUCAAGAUACACAGUUUCAAAACCCCACCUGGUGUGAAUAUUGCAAAAAAAAGGUUUGGACUAAGGCAGCCUCUCAGUGUAUGAUCUGUGCAUAUGUUUGCCACAAGAAAUGCCAGGACAAGUGCCUUGCUGAAAAUCCUUUUUGUGUGGCAUCAACUGAACGUCGUGGGGCUGACCCUGAAGCCAAGUCCACCAUAAACCGAGCCACAACUGGCCUAACUCGGCAUAUCAUCAAUACCAGCUCACGCCUGCUUAACCUCCGCCAGGUGCCUAAAACACGACUGGUUGAGCAAGUAGCUGAUGUGGUGCCUGGACCAGUUGAGCCCUCUCCCAAGCAUACCCCCAACACUUCAGACAAUGAGAGUAGUGAUACAGAAACCUACACCAGUGGUGCCAGCCCCUCCAAACAAGCUAGCAGUAGUGGAAGAAGUAAACUUGUACGCAAGGAAGGUGGUUUGGAUGACAGUGUGUUUAUUGCUGUGAAGGAGAUAGGUCGUGACCUGUACCGUGGACUGCCCACAGAUGAGCGUUCCCAGAAGCUGGAAUUAAUGCUGGACAAGCUGCAGCAGGAAAUAGACCAGGAGUUAGAACACAAUAAUUCCCUUAUGCUCGAGGAAAGGGAGACCAUAGAUGCCCGGCACAAAGCUCUUAUUAGCGCUGGUCUGGCCAAAUCUGGGGAGAGGCUCCAGGCCCUCACCCUAUUAAUGAUCCACUACCGAGCAGGUAUUGAGGACCUGGAAUCAGUGGAGAGCACUUCUCCAUCAGAGCAGCAAGGCUUUAAAGGUAAAGGAGAUGGUCUGGAAGACGAUUCCCUGAUGGGAACAGAGGUUUAUGACAGUGACAUAUGUAGCCCUGUGGAGGUGCAACUGCUAGAUGACAUUACUGAAGAGCAAAUUUCUGUGGAGGCACUCCACUGAUAAGACUAGACACGAAAGACAAAAAUUUAAAGCUAUUAGCACAAUCUUGUCUAGUUUAUUGAUUAAUUAAUUAAUUUUACAAGAUUUGAGUGAUUGAAAUGAUUUCUUUCCUUAGGACUCAUUAUAAUCAUAUCAUUUAUGUUUUGAUUUGCAAAAUGUGAUGUUGUGUCCAUGCUCUAGUCAGGGUUGCCUGAAAGCUACACUAGUAUCUGCCAUUGAUUGUGCUGUACGUUUAUUUUCCAGUUUUUCUAUUCUGUGUUGUGUCAUUAUUAAUUUGUGUUUUCAUCUCACAUGUAUCUUCUUUGACAUUUGGACUUGUGAAUAAUCUGCAUCUGUGGUCCAGUCUGAAUCAUUAUUUAAUUUCUUGAAAUUCUGUAUUUUUGCUGAGUAUUUGACUGUAGCAUAAAUAACAAGUUUCUAUUAUUACUUAAAAAGCUGAUCACUAUAAAGAGGCAAAAAAUGUGUAACUUGAUAAGACCUUUUUGUGGAUUAAGGCAUUUAUUUGGGAAAUUGUGUAAGAUUUGCCUUUUUGUCUAGAAUAUUUUUUUCAUUUUGGUCUCUCGUGUAACCAGUCAUAGUGUUUUUGGAAACUAAAAUUGGAGCAUGGCAAGACAUUCAAAUAUUUAAAAAUCCUUGGAAAAGGUUAAGGACAUAUUUCCUUUACCUUUUGUUUACAGUAUGCAGUAACUUGAAUGUAGACCUAUUCCUAAGAGUAAACCUGUUUUAUUUAAUUACGUAGAAAUAUUGUUUGUGUUAAAUUUUUCUUUUUCUUUUUUUUAAGGAUUUUGUCAAAUUGUUUUAAAAUUAUUCUUCCUACUUCUAAAAUGUAAUUAAGGCACAUGACUUAACGGUUAAAUUUAAAGAAAGCACACAAUGUACUUUUUAAGGGUUUUUGAUUGUAUGUUGCCCAAAAUCACUUCUCGCUUUAACAUUCUCCUUGACUUAACUGAUAUAAAAUGUUUCUGUAAACAUGUAAUUGUUAGAAUCUUUGCUGCUAAACUUUUAUCAUGACUCGUUUUCUUGCCCAAAUGAAUGCAUAUUCUGUUUUCUGCUGCAUUUUCAUCUGUGUUUGAAAAUAUCAAGCAGUGUUGUGAGCUAUAAUGGAGAUACAUCAGAACAGAUUCGGAUGACUUUGAUAGCAGAUACAGUCAUAGUGAUAUUUCCUUCAAAGUCAAUGCAUGAACCUGAACCAGGAAGUCCACUUAGUCUGAGAAAACUGGUUUAAGGGCGUAUCAGGAGUUGAUGCGUUAUAUCACUCAUAACAUAAGUGCAUAACUAAAAUAAUACAAGGAAACAAGUUUAAAUAAUAAUUAAUUAUGGAAUACAUCAUGUUUUCUAUCUACCUGGUGAUAACUAGAUAAACCUUACAGAGAAAACACUUGACUUGGGAAUUUAUAUAUGACUUAUUAGUGGCAGUGUUAGCCUGUUCUCAGGUGGUUUAAACAAACGGUACUAAUUGGACUUGGUGGAAUAUUUAUUUUUUUGUAUAUCCUAAGUACAGUCUUGCUUGUGAUAUGGCAUCUAAAGGACUUUUUAAAAUGCACACUAGUGGACUUUCCAGAACUUUAGUAGUAUUUAGAAGUAAAUUGCCCUUACAGCACAGUCUACUGUGUAUAGGAAAAAAAAUGUAUGCACAAGAUUUCCUUUAAGGAGCACUAGAUGUGAGGGAGUGGCAAAAUUGCUUUUUGUUGGUGAUUGAAUUAGGUGAGUAUAAUAGUAAUAGAUUAGCAGUUGAAAUUUAGCCAAAUGAGGGCCAAAUGUAUUUAUAAGAAUAAAAUUGCAAUUAAAAAAAACUACAAUUUGAAAUAAGUCAAAAGUCAAAAAUUUAAAGGUUUUUCUAAUCAAAUAUGAGUGAUUAUUAGAUAAGCGCUUAACUUUCUAUUUCUAAUGGAAUCGAAAUUUACAUACAACUGAUAACUGCCCAUCUGGCCUAUUUAUUCCAACCUUGGAAUGUCCAAUGACAUUAGAGGAAAAAGUUAGAGAAAAUUUGCUAAUAAAUAUGUAGCCCAUGCGGGGACUGGCAUUGUCGGUGUUUCUAAGUAACUCUAUUUUGGUGCAGUGCUUUUAGAAGUUUGUCACAUUGUUUGAACUAAGUAGUCUGAGUGUGCGUUUGUCUGGAAAGCACUGGUUUUACUUUUGCUGCUGUUGUUAAAAUGUAUUCUCCCCCAAAGUGUAAGUGCAAUUGUGUAUGUGAUGGGUAUUAAUCAUACUUUUUCUGAUGGCUCAUCUGAUGCAGCAUUUAUGUACAUAACCUAAAUAAAGAAGUAGUUUAAAAUGAA